AUGCUGGGGCGAACGAAUGUGCUCCUGCUGCUGUGCACGCUUCUGCUCGCGGUGCGCUCAACGGCUGCGCUGUACUUCUACCUCGAGCCCGACACACCCAAAUGCUUCCUGGAAGAGCUGCCCAACGACACGGUGGUGGUGGGCCACUACAUGACCGAAGAGUGGGACACCACUCUGCAGCGCUUUGUGGUCAAGGACGACAUGGGUAUCCACAUCUCUGUUCGCGAAGUGCGCGAUGACCAUGUUGUGACUUCGUCGCGCGGUCCACCCGAGGGCAAGUUUGCGUUUACCUCGCACGAGGCGGGCGACCACCGCAUCUGCAUGCUCGCCAAGUUCGACGGAAGACCCGCGGUGCAGGUGCGCAUGCACCUCGAUAUCGUCAUCGGCGACGCAAAGCCCGACAAUUCGCACAAGGAUAAGGCGCAUGUGACUGAUCUCGCGCAGAGAGUCAGAGACCUCAACGCCCUGCUGAGGGACAUUAGGAAGGAACAGCAGUAUCAGAGAGAACGUGAGGCCCAGUUCAGAGAUCUCUCGGAAGUGACCAAUUCGAGGGCAAUGUGGUGGAGCUCUCUUCAACUCAUCACGCUGCUCGGCGCGUGUGUCUGGCAACUCCGUCAUCUCCGUGGGUUCUUCGAGGACAAGAAGUUGCGCUAA